CUUCUUGUCUAACUGCGCAAUGCGGUACCCGUCAUUAUUGCUGCAGCAUAUAUACGGACAGUACCACUGCGUUCCCUCUAUGAUAUGACCUCGUCGGAAGGAGGGUCCCAGCGCCCUCGAGAUGAACCACACUCGUUGUCCAGCUCCGACACAGCGCUGUCUGACGUGCGGUCACACAGUCGAGAGAACUCCCCGCAGCCGCUGGAGCGCCGCCUCAGCAACCUGAUCGACGUUCAAGAUCCCACCAGGAUCAUAGAAUGCUCACGGUUGGAGAGACAGCGCAAGUUCCAGUAUUUGGUACGCCGCUACUUAUCCCAAAUACUCUACGGCUGUAGAAGCGUCUACUGCAAUAACACGACAUGUUUCUCACGUAACGAGCGCGGUGCUUCCAAGCCCUAUCGACCGCCGACGCUGCUCACCGCACGAGCCUUGGCCCACUUCCUUGCCUCUCAAAGCAAUCCCUACCGUGGACUAUGCCCUUAUGAGCUCAAGGUCUGCCCGAGCUCUCUCGAGAUCGAAGGCGCAAUUGAUCUGGGCUAUGCACGUGGGUCUUGUGACAACGAGAAUCAUGCACAACAGAUCGAAAGGGCAAGGACACAACAGGCAGUGACACGUGCUAUCGGCGGUCGACAUCAGGCCAAGAAGGACACAAAGUCAAUAGGGCAGAACCUUUAUGAUAGUGUAUCUUUGAUAUACUCGUACUCGAAGUCGAUACCCAGCUCUCGUCAGGCACUUGAGGCACUGCGCACCUUGAACGAUGACACGCGACAGGACGAACGCGCAGGCAGUGCAAACGAGUCGGCUGUCACAGAACAUACGAAUCCACCAGUCAUCACCCGCCAGCAUUCACAGCAGGAGCUGCGUGCACAUAGUCAUGCACAGACCGCUCGAGAUCCACCCCAAGUGCUCAGCAAUGGUCAGCACGUUCACAAGGUGCCUUACCGACCUAUUGCUUCAGAUCAGCUUCAAUCCGCGAAGAACUCGGCCAAUUUAUCGUACGAUAAUACGGUCGAUACAUCAAAGAUGUCAAUAACGAAGACCGGCAGGAAAUCGUUCACUCUGGGAGGUUCGAUCGCGCCAUCCAUGGCGAGGUCCAAGAGUGGGCCGGUGCCCUCAGCUCCCCAGCAGAAGGUCGCGAAGCCAAGAGAUGAUAAGAAAAGAUCUAUACCUAUCGCCACAAGCCUGAACUGCGAGACUCUGGACCAGUUGAAAAACGAAACCCACGCACGCCAGGACACGAAAUCGUCAAUUGAGCUAUUCUUCGACCAAGGCACAUCUCAACGGACUAUUCCUUCGACGUCUUUCGUCGAUCGGUCGUUAUUCUACACGCUCAGUCAUACAGAAACUCUACUACAGUCGUUCCAUGACUCAAGUGAUGCUUUCCAACACUCGCCGCUCCCACAUCUUGAUUCCGCACGACUCGCACACGCUUUCAGAGACUGGAGUCAGCGCAAUGGGUCAUUGAUCUUCGAUAGUCUUUCCAUUGCCGUCGACGCUUUGUUUGUUCGCCCACCAUUUCUGGAUGUUCAGCAUACCGCUGAAAACAAGCCCGUACCCAGCAGUGAUUCAACAGACAGUGCUGCUAACAAGAAUAUACCCUCGUCUCAGCCACGCUAUCUCAACAACUACGAGGCGGCUCAUAUUGUAAUGAUAUGUAUUCACGCCCUGACGUCCCAUGUGCCUGUCGGGUGGCCACAAUCAUGGGCACAGUUACGUAGCCUUCGCUCCUGGGGUGUCAUCAUCCCCAGCGCCAGAGCAGACUCUGACAAUUUCGUCAAUCCUUAUGUCAACAUCAUCGAUGCAUUCGAGUACGAACCAGCUGCGAGUCUCACUGAGCGCUUGUUGAGGGCCAUCGGUGUUCGCACCUGCUUCGAGCAUAUCCUUGCUGCGAUGCAGCGGAAUGCUUCAACUACAGGCGCGAGCUCUGUCGAGUCUGAGGAAAGUCUGACUAACAUACUCAUUCGACAUCUAGCAAUCGUCGAGCACGUCGCCCUUGAGAGCAAGCGCAAGAUGAAAUCAGUCAGUACGGUACCUAAGGAGCCUGGCUGGACGGUCACGACUACGCUCAUCGAGUGGCUGAAGACCAUCAUCAUCAAACAUUGGAAUGGCAAGGUGGAGGUCAACAAGUGGUCCAACGUUGGAACUGCUGUAAUGUUGCUUCAUGAGCUUUACGAAAAUCAGCGACAACUCAACGUAUGGUCCCGUGCGUUCGGAAUUCCUUAUCUGCACGAGCACAUGAAUGCUGUCGAAGACCCAGUCGAGUUCCUCGAUUGGAAAAGGCUACCCAACACGUUACACCUCUUACAGUAUCCUGAACUUCACCCAACUGACUACCUCGUUAAGUUCUUCCGUGUCAUCAACCUCACCAGCAUGAUGAUACAAUAUGAUCAUACACAGCACACCCAUCAGAUGAUGCGACAAUUCGAUCAAAUCCUUCGUGAGCCAUACUUGUACAUGAUUAGGAAGCGACUGAAGGUUACUUUGAACGACUAUCUCAUUCUGGACGUCACUCGAGAGCAGCCGCUAAAGGAUACGCUCGAUCAGCUUUGGAAACAGGAAAAGACUAAUUUGCUGAAGCCUCUGAAAGUCAAGCUUGGUCAGCAGGAGGGUGAAGUGGGAUUGGAUCAUGGAGGCGUAACUUACGAGUUCUUUCGUGUCAUCCUUGGGGAGGCUUUUGCGCCACAUUACGGAAUGUUCACCGUCGACUCAAAGACACAGAUGACGUGGUUCCAGCCCGGCUCUCUGGAAUCUCUGUGGAAGUUCAAGAUGCUCGGCGUGCUGUUCAGCCUCGCAAUCUAUAACGGCAUCACUCUCCCUGUCACUUUCCCACUCGCUUUCUACAGUUUUAUGCUGCAGUCGCGGUUUAAAUUCCUUGACAACCAUUCCAGCCUCGACUACAUCCGCGAUGGCUGGCCAGACCUUGCCAAAUCCCUCGAAACGCUCCUCGACUGGAAGGAUGGUGAUGUUGCAGACAUCUUCAUGCGCGACUAUGCUUUCAGUUAUGAGGUCUUUGGUCAGAGAGUCGACAUCAACAUGACCAAGCAUGACAUUAAUGCUUCACCUCCCAGUGAGACACCACUGGUCACCAACCAGACCCGUGGCGCCUUCGUCAGAGACUACGUUAUACACCUGAUCCUGCACACGAUCCGUCCACAGCUCAAAGCUUUCAGAGAAGGCUUCUACACCUGUCUCAGCGCACGCAGUCUCGAGCUCUUCACGCCCAGGACUCUCAAGAAGCUCGUAGAAGGCGAUCAGAACAUCUCGGUCCCUGAGCUGCGCGCUUGCGCAACGUACGAAGAAUAUGACGCCACGCACCCUACCGUAGGGAUGUUCUGGGACAUCGUGCAAGGUUACUCGCAGCAGGAUGCGACACACUUGUUGGAGUUCGUCACGGCGAGUGACAGGGUCCCAGUCACGGGAUACAAAAGCCUCACAUUCAAUAUUGUGCGUAUGGGCAAUGAUUCCGAGCAGCUGCCAACGAGCAGUACAUGCUUUGGCAAGCUGUAUUUGCCGGAGUACAAGGAUAAGGAGAAAAUGCGGAGGAAGCUAGAGCUGGCUAUUCAGAACGCAAAGGGCUUUGGUGUUGUGUGAGGCUCUUGUAGGGGGCUGCCGCGAAGGGUCCUGUCUUGCAGUGUCAAGGUGCAAGUUGGUUGUAGCGUGCGGGUGGUACCGCUAACGGAACAUUUGGGCUAUGAAGUCCAACUCCGGAAGUCUAGACAUUGGAAUUCGAUAAUUACACAAAGAAAUCUGUCACGCAGUCCCGCC